AUGAAGCUCCACACCUCAGCUAUCCUCGUCAUCCUCUGCCUUGGCAUCUUCAUUGUGUGCACAGUGAAAGGAAGUGCUGGAAGUCAGUCCAUGCUCAAAGCCACUUGUGUAAAUCUGCAUACAAAACAACUGAGCAUCCGAAAUCUUGUAGGCUACGAAAAGCACACUCAAGCAAAUGCUGUAAUCUUUAUCACUAGAAAUGGUAUCAAGAUCUGCGUAAGUGCUGACCAGAAAUGGGUGCAGACUGCUAUGAAGAAGAUAAAAGAAAAACUUACUGCCAAACGCAAAUAAUCCUGUCCUAGAUAAGCAUCUAAGGCCAACCAGCUGGAAUCAUCAUCAGUGCUGCAGAUAACAGGGAAGAGAACCUUAGUAUCUGCUUUUAUUUCGUAUUUAUUAAGUGACAAUAAAAUCUGUGAACAAACACAAACUCACAGAAUCUGUUCAUCACUGGUUGAAUCUCUGCUGAUUUCUUCAUUUUAUGACUGAACUCAGUUACACUGUUUGUUUUCUGAAAUGCUUGCUAAUAUUUAUUUACAACUGAAUGUACAUUUUCAUCCUUGUUGUCUUAACCAGCCUGGCAUUUAAGGGUGAAUGACAGAUAAUUUGACAUACUAGAGGGAAGAAGUUGACCUCUCAUAGAGCUGGAAGAGUGUAGACCUCCAUCCUGAUGGAGAUCAGAAUGUUCUUCAUUGAGUGCUGGUUUUAAGAACGUGCUAUAUAAUUUAAUGUUUAGUCAUAUCUAUAUAAUCUAUAAGCGAAUUCAUUUCAUGGUUCAGGCUAUCACCUGAU